CCUACCUGAACUUUGCGCCUACGCCUAGCUAGCGAACGUAAGCUUCAAGUUCAACGUCUUAGCCGGUCCCUACUUGUAUUUACAGCUGGCCGAAUCAGAGAGAAAUAAUGGCCGACCAAGGACUGUCGGACGAAGCCGCAGCUGCAGCUUGCAAAGAUGGGAAUCCAAUCACUAAAGACUUCAUGAUGCAGCAGACAAUGUUGAGGGUGAAAGAUCCGGUGAAAUCUUUGGAUUUCUACACGCGCAUACUUGGAAUGACCCUGCUACAGAAAUUUGAUUUCCCUUCAAUGCGAUUCUCUCUCUACUUCCUCGGUUAUGAAGAUAAGAAGGAAGUCCCUGCUGAGGUCAAAGAGAGAACAGCUUGGACUUUUUCACGCCGAGCCACCAUUGAGCUCACACAUAACUGGGGUUCGGAGACAGAUGACAGCCAGUCUUACCACAACGGAAAUUCAGACCCUCGAGGGUUUGGCCACAUAGGAAUUGCUGUUCCAGAUGUUUAUGCCGCUUGCAAGCUGUUUGAAGAGCAAGGAGUGACCUUUGUCAAAAAGCCCGAUGAUGGUAAAAUGAAGGGCUUGGCUUUCAUUCAGGACCCUGAUGGCUACUGGAUAGAAAUUCUUAGCCCAAACAACAUGGUGCCUAUUACUUCUUAAAGAAGCAGCCAAGGCUGUGUGAUCAGCUUAAUGGGUGAUUUCGAUGAAGAUACCACAUGGCCAUAAUACAGAGGAUGAUUUGAAAAGGAGUAACACUCUCAUAACCUCACAGACUGCUCUUUUUGUGGAGAUCGCAAGCAAGAAGAAAUAACCGGAGCGCUCAUCUCAGUGUGGUUGCAAAGCGCUGUGGAACUUGACUUAGGGACAGAUCUCUACAAAUUAGAGCUUACUAAAACUACUACAACUUUAUUACUAACCAUGCAAACUUGACUUUGAAUACGAAAGUCAAGACACAAACACUAAAGUAAUUUAUGUCCUUUGUUAGCUGUUUACAUUGCGUGUCGGUGCAAUCAAGAAUCAACAUAUACAUGCUUUUUUUUUUUCCAAGAAAAAAAAUGUGUAGGUCACAUUGUAAAUCUCUCCUGAUCCACAUUAAUAGUAGCUAUGCUCAAUAAAGCAACAUGCUGCUUGUCAGAAACCUGCUUAA